AUGCUCGGAAAUAGAGAAAACGUAAAACCGGAUUACUUGGCAUCCAGUAUUGAUAUGAGUGAUAACGAUAAAGAUCUUGCAGUUUCAAGUCAUAAAAAGCGAAAAAUCUCCGAAAUUGAUCAAAUAUAUUUUGACGAAUUAAGAUCGUUAAGAAAAACUAAAAAAAUUGGUUUAGAAAUCGCACAAGAACGUUUAAAGAUUGAGAAUCAGAAAUUUUUAAACGAAGAUGGAACGGAUGGAGAAAGAAUUUCAAUAUAA